UACAGGGUCUGUGUCCUCUCGCAGCUCUGAGCAAAGCCGCCUCGCCACCAUGGUGCACUGGACAGCCGAGGAGAAGCAGCUCAUUGCCAGCGUCUGGAGCAAGGUCAACGUGGAGGAAUGCGGUGCCGAGGCCCUGGCCAGGCUGCUGAUCGUCUACCCCUGGACCCAGAGGUUCUUCUCCUCCUUCGGGAACCUCUCCAGCCCCACCGCCAUCAUUGGCAACCCCAAGGUCCGUGCCCAUGGCAGGAAAGUGCUCACCUCCUUCGGGGAAGCCGUGAAGAACCUGGACAACAUUAAGACGACCUACUCCAAGCUGUCCGAGCUGCACUGCGAGAAGCUGCACGUCGACCCCGAGAACUUCAGGCUCCUCGGAGACAUCCUCAUCAUCGUCCUGGCUUCCCACUUUGCCAGGGAUUUCACCCCUGCUUGCCAGUUUGCCUGGCAAAAACUGGUCAGCGUCGUGGCACACGCUCUGGCCCGCAAGUACCACUGAGCAUCCCGGGACCAGCCGGGCGAGGAAGAGUCCCUGCUCCACCGCAAGCACCUCGGGGCACGGGGAAAUGCCCUUUGGGCACUGACCGGCUGAAUAAAUGCCUCCCGCGGCCGUA